AUGCCCUCUGGAUCUGCCGAAAAGGCCCAGCAGCCCGUGGGCUCGGGCUUUCCCGGCUCCAAUCUCUAUCCGAACAAAAAUAUCUGGUCGACUUUUCCCAAUGCCAGAGAUCGCUCUGUUGGCCCCAAAGAAUCAGAAGAAAAUCCCACCGGGUCCAGUGCCCUCCACGCAACCUCCGAGGCUGAGGGCUGGGUCUCAAACUCCAAGCCUUGGAACGCAGAGAACCCUGCCCGCUCCGUUAGCAACUCGCCCGGUCGAGCGCGAGAUGCAGGUCUUUCGAACCCCUCAGUCUUUUAUCCAAACCAUCACCCGGCAGCCAUUGGUGUGAAGAAGGAAGUUCUAGGUGGCUCCGGCAGCUUUAUCGACGAGUCGGAUACCUUUGCCUUUGCUGCGCAAAAGCGAGGCCCUUCAGAUGGCGCCUUCAUCGAUCCUCUGGCAGUAUUUGCUCAACCCCGAGAUGCUAGCCUCCCACCUUCUCGACAAUCUCAGGGCUCUCCAGCAUUUACCGAGCUAUACCACCAGGGCAGCGGCCACACCCCCAGCAACUCGAUACACUCGACGAGACAGCUAUCCAACCACUCGUUAUCCUACCCUCAAGUCGCAAACCAGCGAGCAUUCAGCCUCAACAGACAAGUCGAUGACGACAUCUCCCUUCGAAUGGCCCGUCAGAUCAACCUGAACAAUGGCUCGACUGGUGGACAGCCCUUCAAUCCUGCCUCGGUUCCCUUCCAUUCCAACCCCGCUUCUGCGCCGUGGCUGAGCGAGAGCGGCCCUUCAAGGCUUGGGAGCUUUGAAUUCGGCACAGAUCCCCUCUUGUCGCAGCUCUCUGCCGUAAGGCGCCCUUCCCUCGACAGAGUGUCGCCAGCAUCCGGCGCCGCCUACCGCCUUGACCCGGGCUCCAGCUCAAGAGUUUUCGCCCCGGGCGCAGAGGCUUGGAUGAGCAGACCAUCGUCACGAGGUCAGAGGACUGCCGAUCAUGAGCGAAGGCCUUCUGGGCAACAAUUCGCUGCUUCGAAUUUCCCUGCACAGUACUAUCCGAACCAAUUCGGUUACGCCCAGAUCCCUUCUCAGUAUUCGCCCUCCUACCCCGAGGCCUACACUUCAAACUUUCGACCUAUGCUGCCCAACUAUGCCGUCCCAUCUAUCCCUGGAUAUCCCCUCAACUCCAUGACUCCAAUUAGGCCCUCUCGAGACCAAGACCCUAGCAAGGGCAUGCGUAGCGCUUUAUUGGACGAGUUCCGCGUAAAUGGCAACAAGUCUAACAAGCGAUACGAGCUCAGAGACAUCUACAACCACGCCGUUGAGUUCAGCGGGGAUCAACAUGGCUCGAGGUUCAUCCAACAGAAGCUAGAGACCGCUAAUAGCGAUGAGAAGGAGCAAAUAUUCCGAGAGAUUGAACCCAAUGCCCUUCAGCUGAUGAAGGACGUCUUUGGCAACUACGUGGUGCAGAAGUUUUUCGAAUACGGAAGCCAACUCCAGAAGAAGAUCCUAGCAGAGAAGAUGAAGGGUAAAGUGGUUGACCUGUCCGUCCAGGUCUAUGCUUGUCGCGUGGUUCAAAAGGCUCUUGAGCACAUCCUGGUCGAGCAGCAGGCCGAGCUGACCCGAGAGCUGGAGCCUGAGAUCUUACGAGUAAUCAAAGAUCAAAACGGCAACCAUGUUGUCCAGAAGAUUAUUGAGCUCGUCCCAAGACAGUACAUCGACUUUAUUAUGAAUGCAGUGCGCGGCCAAGUUACUCCUCUGGCAUCCCACGCCUAUGGCUGCCGCGUUAUCCAGCGACUGCUGGAACACGGCACUGAGGAAGACAAGGCAGAAAUCAUGGGCGAGCUCCACGCUUCUGCUCAGAUUCUGAUUACUGACCAGUACGGCAACUACGUCGCCCAGCAUGUCAUCCAGAACGGCGAACUGGAGGACCGAGAGCGGAUUAUCCAGUUGGUCAUGGGCCAGCUCCUCACGCUCUCCAAGCACAAAUUUGCGUCCAACGUGGUGGAGAAGUGCAUCGAGUUCGGCACGCCCGCACAGCGUACAACCAUUCGAGAGCAGCUAACCACUGCUGGGCCAGAUGGAAACAACCCCCUGCAACAGAUGAUGAGAGACCAGUUUGGCAACUAUGUUAUUCAAAAGAUGCUGGGUCAGCUACAGGGUGAGGAGAGAGAUGCUCUAGUCGAGGAGAUCAAGCCCCAAUUCUACAACCUAAAGAAGAGCGGCGCUUCUCGGCAGCUCCAGGCACUGGAGAAGCUCCUCGGAUUGAGUGGCUCCAAGAGCGAAACAUCUACUCAGUCAGACACCAACUCCGUUGCCGAGGUUCCCUCCCUGACACAUGAAACCAACAGUCCCCAAAGCAGCAGCCCGCCCAGCACUCACGCCAGUGCUGUCGGGGCCCCAUCUAACGACACGGCAGACAAGGGCUCAAGCAAUUCUAUCCCUGGGGUGGCUCUACAGGUUCAAGAUGUUGAGUCGUAG